CGUUCGCAUGUGCUCUGCUCCUUUAUCAUGAGUCUUCUCUGCCUGUGACCGUCAAGUUUCCCUCCCUCCAAGGCUGCUGGUGCACACCAUGAGAUUCGCCCCCAUUUUGCUACUCAUCUUCCUCCGGGUCUGGCCCGUGGCUGCCACCAUUCUGCAGAAUGGCCAGCCACGCGAGGACCCUUACCCCGGCCAACAGUCCCCCAUCAAACUCGAUGACUCCUGGCGCAACUACGACGCGGGGGUCCCGGAGAUUGCCUACAAAGGCCGUUGGGAUAGCCAGCACAUUUCUUGGUGGUCAGCCCCUGGGAUCAAGGUUGAGUUUUCCGGCAGCAAGUUAGCUCUAAGUUUCGGCCCCAGUACCUCCAACGGCGCCCUCGUCGCUUAUCGAAUUGGGUCUCUGGACUGGCGAUUUUCGAACGUGACGGCCGAUGCGACCUACCAGUUCAUCGGGCCCGAUGACUUCACCGAUGGCAUCGACACCAAGAGCAAUGUGUUUGAGAUGCGAGUGACGAAUUGGGGCAUAGGAGUCCAGUUGGCUGGCGUUUCCGUUGCGAAGGACGCCUACAUCACGAAACCCACUCCCUACAAGAGAAAGGUGGAGAUUAUCGGAGGCUCGCUGGCCGGGGGUCAAUAUGCCACCUACGAGACCCUGUCAUCCUGGUCCUUCCUCUACGGCGUUGGACUUGGAGAUGCUGAAUUUACCAUCACUGCCUACCCCGGUGUCUGCCUGGCUGACAUGCAAUGCUACGGCGGUGGCGUCCACGGAAUGACCUGGUGGUGGAACCGUGCCUCCGACCCCGGAGCCCGUGCCCACCAAUUCUACGGCGACAACCCUCCCGCCUUCGACAACUCGGCCGAGCAACCCGCCGACCUGGUGUUCAUCCAGAUGGGCGGAAACGACUGGCGCCACCCGAACGAAGUGCCCGGCGACAAAUUCUACCAAGCGUACGUGGACAUGGUGGAGGAGAUCCAUCGCGUGUGGCCCAAAGCCGAAAUCGUUCUUAUGUCGCAAUGGGGCCCCUUCCAGAAAGUCGGCACGGAGUACAAGUCGACGAUCCAGUACAAGGACGAGAUUAUCCGGGUGUACGAGUACUUCAAGGACCUGCGCUGGACCUUCGUGCACUACCUCAACACGGACGGCAUCCUGCAGCACAACGACAUCAACCCCAAGAACCACCCGACAGACGUCGGCCACAUCAAGGUGGCCAGCCAUCUGCUGCAGUGGACGCGGCUGGUUCUGCGCUGGGAGCUCAAGCCGACCGGCGAGGUGCAGCACGGGACGCUGUACUGGAACGAUCAGGAGGGGUAUUGAUAUCUGUGGGAGGGGAUUGUACAGUUUGGGUCGACCCGACCGUGUAUAGUGUAAUUAUCCAGGCUGAGAUGCCUUGCACAUUUCGAUUAGAGCAUGGGGGUGCUGUGCAUAUACAGAGCGUGUCUGAACAUCCGUGGGAUCGUCCUAUGUGACAUGGUGGAUUACCGCCGCAUGCUACGCGGGAGGCUAUUGAGUAGCUUCCCCGGUCGCAAUACCUUGUUUCUGCGCUCUCUUCCUCCUUUUCUUUGCUGCCUAUAUCGAUCGAUAUGGAUUCAAGGGCUUUUCGUACGCAGCUGGAGAAGUGGUAUCCCACCACUUGGAC